AGGCCCCGGCGCCGCCAUGACGGCCUGCCGGUUUUUCCUGCAGGGCCGCUGCCGUUACGGGGAACGCUGUUGGAAUGAGCAUCCCCGAGGAGGAGGAGGAGGAGGAGGAGGAGGAGGAGGAAGAGGGCGGGCCCUGCCCCCAGCCUAUCCGCAGCCGCCGCCCCACAAGCAGCAGCCCAUCUCCUCAGGUGGUAACAGAGGAGGGUGGAAUGCCCCAAACCAGAGGUACACGAGCGUCAUCCAGCCAUCCAACUUCUCCAGAUCCUCAACAUGGUGGGGCGGCAGAGGCCAAGAGAAGCCCUCCUUUGGCUCUUACCAAGAUUCUGGAUCAUCACAUAGCGGAAACAGGAAUUUUGGAUUCUCUCAGAACAGAUUCUCUGCCCUUAGCGGUAAUCAGAGUGGUGCCCAAAAUGAUGAAGACGACAAACUUCUUGAAGGAAUAGUGAGGGACAUGGACAUUUGGGAAUCUUCAGGGCAGUGGAUGUUCUCCGUUUAUUCACCGGUGAAAGACAAUCCUAACGUCUCAGGUUUUGCAGAUAUUUCACCAGAAGAGCUGAGGCUUGAAUAUUAUAACUUCAGAGCAAACAAUGAUUUGCAGAGUUUUCUCAAUUCAGUCCAGCAAUUCAUACACCAGUGGAGGAACAGGUUACGUGAGCUGAAGAGUAUAAAUGCAUCCAACAAAGGAACGCUGCUCUCGGAGACGAACACCACGGUGAGUCACUCGGCCCCUGCAUUUGGAUUUGGCAGUCCGCAGCAAACGUCAACUUUUGGGUCAUCAGGUUUUCCAUUGAGCAGCAACAGUCAGGCUGACCAGUUCAGCUUUAAACCGAGUUCAGUAAUAGUCCCAGCCUCUUCGGAUGGAACGGCGGUAUUUGGGUCUUCUCCCAAUCCUACCACGACGACCCCGCCGGUUUUAUUUGGGAAACCAGUAAUCUCCUCCGCAGCUGCCUUUUCAUUUAAGAGCCCCGACACCUCUGGUUUCGGAUCAGCCGGCUUCCCGGGAUUUCAAGCUCCUGCCCCUGCGGGAAUCACCGCCGUCACGGGUGUGGGAAGCGGCACCGCGGCAACGGGCUUUGGGGUGGCGGGUUCCAGUUUGGGCCCCACUUUUCCCGGACAGUCCGGAGGCGGCUUUGGGAUUCACAGCGCUCCGGCUCCUCCUUCCGCCCCGAGCAGCGGUAAAACCGCAGGAGACUUGUUUACACCCAGACCAGACCUCUCUGUGGAAGAACUGAAACAGUUUGAAGCAAAGAAAUUUGUCCUAGGAAAGAUUCCUCUAAAACCACCACCUGUGGAGCUUUUAAAUGUUUAAAUAUUUAAGCACGCUUGAUUAUUUUAAAUAAAGGAAAGGCUGAUUUUUUCCAUUU